AUGAAUGAAGCAUCGAGUGAAACACCAGUGAAGCGAACGCUCGUGUACAAGUGGCACAAGCGGUUCAGUGAGGGGCGGGGCAGCAUUUGUGGCGACGUGAGAUCCGGGCGACCGGUUUCACAAACUACGGAGAGUGACGUCAAGGCCGUGAAAAACAUCGUUGACGCUGAUCGUCGAGUCACUCUUCAUGAAAUAUGCAAGAUGUUGGACAUGAGUAAUGGGUCGGUACGGAGGAUAAUGAAAGACAGUUUGAAAAUGAGUCGAGCGAGUGCGCGUUGGGUUCGACGGUUGUUGACAGAAGAUGAGAUGAGCAAAAGAUUACUUGAAUCACGCCGAUUCUUAGUUCGGUACGAAAAGAAAGGAAACCGUUUUCUAGAGAAGAUAGUCACUUGCGAUGAAACCUGGCUGUUUUAUUACGACCCUAAAACAAAACAGCAAAGCAGUCAAUGGAAGACUACCGGUUCCCCGCCUCUGAAGAAGGCACGAUCAUCCAACUCGAUAGGAAAGCAUAUGUUUAUUGUCUUCUUUGAUGUGCACGGUGUUAUUCUACUACAUGCAAUUCCGCAGGGUUAA